UAGUGGAGGGGGGUGAUUUUCUCAGACUCUGAACAGAAGCCUGCCUCUCUCCAUCGCAGUCGCUGGCUGUGCCGUCCCUUUACGCAGCGAGCAUUACGCAUCAGUGGACUUACAGAGCGUGGACUCAGCACGUUUUCGUCCCUAAAGUCUUUUUAGGAAACCCGUAUCAACCCCCGUCUGGACUGCAUUGGACCUAAAGGCAUCCCGCGCGCUCCGUGAAGUCUGGACUACUCUUCUUCAUCAUCUCUCCCGUUUUCUUUUUUUCUUGGAUCUAUAGCUCCCGAAAGAAAAAAGCGCGCUCCUGUGCUUUUAAAAAUGCAAGUCGGACGCAAAUCGUGUUGGAGGCAAUUGCAGGCUUCUUUUUUCAGACUGCUGUGUCUUAUCCCCACAGGAUUCCCCGUCCGGAGUGUGGAUAUGCAGCGGGCCACGGACAACAUCACCAUCCGCCAGGGCGACACAGCGAUUAUAAGGUGUUAUGUGGAUGACAAAGUGUCCAAGGUGGCCUGGCUCAAUCGAUCCAACAUCAUCUUUGCCGGCCAGGACAAGUGGUCCCUGGACCCCAGAGUAGACCUGGUCACCAAAGGGCAGCUGGAGUACAGCCUGCGCAUCCAGAAGGUGGACGUGUAUGACGAGGGCUCGUACACCUGCUCCAUACAGACGAAGCAGCAGCCCAAGACCUCACAGGUCUACCUCAUCGUACAAGUUCCAGCCAACAUCUACAAGGUGUCAGAAGACAUCACAGUGAACGAGGGCAGUAACGUCACACUCAGCUGUUUGGCCAGUGGCAGGCCGGACCCUGCCAUCACCUGGCGGCUGCUCAACCCCUCAGCAGACCCGUUGGACGGAGAAGAAUACCUGGACAUUAUAGGUAUCAUGCGAAACCAAGCGGGGCGGUACGAAUGCAAGGCCAGCAAUGACGUCGCCACGCCUGAUGUCAAAUACGUCAAUGUAGUUGUUAGCUACCCUCCAACAAUAAAGAAAACCCAGAGCUCAGAGACUCAGGUGGGCCACAUGGGGACACUGCAGUGUGACGCCACUGCUGUGCCCACGCCAGAGUUUGAAUGGUACAGAGACGAAAAAAGGCUGUCUAAUGCCCAGGGCAUCAAUAUCCAGAUUCUUGGCACUACCACUGUUCUCAUGAUUGCCAACGUCACCGAAGAGGAUUAUGGGAACUACACCUGUGUGGCCUCGAACCGACUGGGUGUCCAGAACGCCAGCGUUUUCCUCUAUAGACCCGGGACAGGUCGAGAUAACAACGGCUCUGCCUGUGUAUCUCAAUCACUGUGGCUCCUGCUGGCCUGCUUUGCCUGCCUUUUCUUCAAGUGUUAAUACAGCUGCCCUCCUCUUCCUCUUAUCCCCUCCCCUCCCGGCCUUCCUUCCUCCUCCUCCUCCUCCUCCUCCUCCUCCUCCUCCUCCUUCCUCCUCCUACUCUUCUCUCCAACUCACCGACAUCCUUAUUGCUACCUUAUUACCAACUCUACCAACCCCCCAACCCCCAGACUGUUUGCAUCAUGAUACGAAAACCUUAUGUGCUCUUUAGCACUGCUUAGAUAUUACGAAAAGGAGAAUAUUAUGAGAAUAAUGUCGUAAGAACAACAGAAAAAAAACAGUGAAAUGAAGGACAUAACAAGCAAACAGUGCUCUUUUAAAGAAUUGCAUUUUUGAUUCAUAUGCACUUCUUUAUUUCUGCUAUAUCUUGUCUUUGGGGUCUGAACGGGGAUUUGGGAUUUGUUGUAUUUUUUGUCUUCAUGGGAAAGCAGAGGCACCUGCUCACAGGGCCAACAAUCAUUUGUCUCUAGAAGUGCUGAAGACAUAACUUAUAUUUCUUCUUACUCCCAUAGAUGUUAACUUAAAUUGUAGAUUUAACCGAGUGUUUAACCAGUGCAUUAAUGAGCAACAUGCAAAGUAUCUGCCAAAUAUCCAUAUAGAUUUGAGACUAACACACACAGAGAUCAAAAGGGAAAAUACAGCAAAGAGAAUAGAGCUUGUUAUUAAUGUCUGUACUACCAUAAUCUGAUGCUACUAGACAGAAACACAGACUGAGAUCAUUAGCCAGAUGUCUCUCCAAUCAAUAACAUUGUUUCUAGAUGCAGCAGGUUGUUGCUGCCGAGCCCAGAAAUCCAGGAUGCAGUAAAUAGAAUCGACUCGAUCCUACCGAGCUAAACCAUGCGGACUACAAACCUGAGGAAAUUAGUUUAUCUGUUGACGGAUACUUACAUCUUCAUUCAGUGGCUUUUGCAACCACUCGCCUUUAUUCCAAAAGAAUCCCUCUUUUCUUUUUUUGCAGCAGGAAAAGAAACACCGUAGGUUAUAAUGAUGUACAUAGUAAAAUUUUGUAUUUCUCUAUGAUAAGACAACUUGUUCUGCCACUGUAACAACAGGAAACAACAGAGAAAAUUGUUGCAGUUUGUUGCUUGUUUGACGACCGACCGACCAACCAUACUGUGCAGUUUGUCUCUGCUCCUCAGCAGGCUGCACCGCAUUUAGCUGCAUUAAAUCUGUACCACAUACAGCUUUUAGUUUAGGGUCAUCCUUCUAUACUGCUGGAAUUUGGAUAAAAAUGUAUGACACCAAUGAAUGACUUAAUUUUUAGUUUUUCUCUUUCAAAGAAGUAUGCGUGUUUUAAUAUGAAAUGAUACAGAAAAAUUCAUAAUAUAUUGAUAUUGAGGUUAUUUUUUCUGUCUUUACCUCAUUCAUUUUAGUUGUGUGUGUGUAUAUAUAUACUUGAAUCCAAUGUCCUUAUUCAAAUGUAUAUGAAAAGGCAAAUUUUAUGUGUCCAUGUUUCUGAAUAGGGUAGCGAUUUGUUAAAGGAAGAAUAACUCGUAGAUCUCUUGAACUGGCCGUCCUGCUCUAUCAUGUGAACCGAAGCCCAUUAGAAAAAUGAUGUUUUUAAAAAAUCUGAAUAGUUUUGUGCAGUUAUUAUUGUACCAAUCCUUGAGAUGAUUCAAGUGCUGGCAUAUAUGGUGUUAUAGGAAAUGGGAUGCCAUGUUUAGCUCGGCCAUAUACCAAGAAUUCAAGAUGAGAGCAGCAAACAAAUUAAUACUGAAUUCGUAUUCCCCUCAAUGGCCACCAAGGCCACUGAGCUGAAGGGCAUUUUUAAUAAAAUAAUACCAUUACGUGACAUGUCCGACAGCAAAUUUUCUCAUCUCAAUAACUGAAUUAAUUUCUUUAUGAACAAAAAUGCUUAAAUAAAUAUAAAUGUGUCAAUAUUUUGUAAAAGACCUUUCAAACAGUGCAAUUCUUUCAGGAAACGGCUCAUUCCUGUUGUGACAAGAAUUGCUGAAACUGGUGCACUAUUAGCUGCCUUUUUUUGCCAUUUAUUUUGACCUACUGUGCGGUAACUAAUAGACUCCAGUGCCCAGCUCGGCUCCACGACUGGAUGUGUGUUUAUGUCUCCGCUCUUCUAACCACUCGGCUGAGAUAGUACUGUAAAACACACAUGUAAUUAAUGUCAUCCUUGUCAUACAUUAAAGAAAUUGUCCCCAGUGUUCUCAUUGUAAAUGCUUCUGAGGUCAUGGCUGUGUGACUUUCUCGUGUUGGUGAUGCCAUCUGAUCCAGUUUAAUUUUUCAUGUGGGCAAGACGGUAGAAGCAGGACACAAUUCCAAUCAAAGCUGAAGCAUUUAAACAGAUAAAACUACAUUGGUAACACUUUAUGGUAUGGGGACAUGAAUUAUCAUGAAUAAAGCAUACAUUCAUCCAAGUAGUACUUUAUGAACUAUCAGAAAUGGGCAAGAAUUUAUUCUCCAGUCUGCGAUUAAAGGAUCAGGCCAAAUAUCUGACCAUUCACAGCAAUGUGCAGCAUUCUGUUGGAUUCAAAGUGUUGUAAUCAUAACUAAGCAUAAUUUUUUAUUUUCUUGAAUAUUUUUUUAUUUCAAAUGACCCUAGGAAGACCAUUGGUUUGUGGACUCAGCAUUUUGGUUGCUGCCGUGUUGUUUUGUGCAACCCGUAUACGUGCAGAACAGAUCAGAUGAUGCUACGGCAUCAGCUAACUCUAGUGCUAGCUAGUUAGCUUGGUUAGCAAGGGGCUAUCACUAUUCAAAAGGAACAGCCAACAGUGUCUUUGAAUCCGAGUGCUGAGCAAGACAGAGCAAGACUUUAAAUGGGAUCAUUUAGAAAAUCUAACAUCAUGCUGUAUUAUGAAGACUUCAAACUAGCGAUUGAGACCAUAAGUGCAUCAAGACAAUGUUUACCGGGGUAAUAAAUCAAGUGAGAAGUAGGAUAAUUGUCUCAUAGACUUCUAUACAAUCAGACUUCUUUUUGCAGCCAGUCAAGUCGCGAAAUAAUGCCAGUUUAAGGCACUUCAAAUUGACUUCAUUGAUACAACAUCACAUUUGUAUUAUGUUAUGUUAUGUUAUGUUAUGUUAUGUUAUGUUAUGUGAACAAUCACAUUUACAACAUUUGGUAAUUUGACUGCGUGAAAUUUUUUGACAUCCUUUAAAUAAAGUCGUUAACACUAAUAAAUAACAUGAUUAAUUGUGGUAUAUUAACCAUUUGUUGCUUAUGAAUCAACCAUCUCACUAACCAAUUAGCAUGAAAAGUUGUAUCUAAGUCAAAAUAAUAUUUACAGAAAAAGUUUUAUUAUAGUUCAAAUCUCACAAAGUUAUUUUAACAUUCCAUGUUACAUAUUAAAAUGUAUGGCAAAGACACAAGAUACAUCAUAACAUGUUUACAUUGUUAAAUAAUUUGUAACAAGGGUCACAAAGAUAAUUGAUUCAUAUGCAAUAAAUGUUUAAUACUGCAAUAUUAAUCAUGUGUCAUUUAUCAGUAUAAAAAAAUAUUUGAAGGCCAACAAAUAUGACGGAGUCAUAAAAAAGUAAUACUGACCUAGUCAUGAUGACACACUUGGAAUUCAACAGAAUACAUGUGAUGAGUGGUGGCCAAAUGGUCAUGGAGCAUUGUAUUUUAUUUUCUGAGCCCACUAGAUGUAAUUUUUGUUCAACAAAGGGUUGAAAGCACACUCAAUUACCAUUCCUUGAGCCUUAUUCUUUAAAAAAAACAAAAACUGCCAUCUUUUAGGGUCAAUAAAUACAACUAAUGGUUCAUGAGGCUUCAUUCAGACAUCACUAGCUGUGGUUGAUCAGUUUUUGGGUCUUUCUCUUUAACUGAUAACUCAAAAUGAUUGAGAUCCAUUAGUUCUUGCAUUAAUGAACAUAUUGUUUCUUUAUUAACUUAUGCAUGAGAUACUAUUGAUUCUUGUACACUGCUGGUAGUUCAUGAACUCUACAUCAAUUAAUUUUCUUCAUGCAUACAUUUAUGAUAAUCCAUCUUUCAUUUUCAUCAUAAAGUGAUAUGAAUGAAUCUAACAAUCAGAUUUCUCAGCCUAGAAUGUGACAAGAAGUCUGCCAUCAUCUUACCCAUACUUUUUUAUUGAUAUUGAUUUUCAACAGCUGAACAUUCUGGUGUAUCCAUUCCAACAUUGAAUUAACUUGAUGUUUUUGUACUACAUUGGUAUUUCUGCAGACUCUUCCUGCUUUUUAGCCCUUUGGCUAUAGCGCGUACUUGAGGAUGCUAGUUUGUCAGCAGCAGUUAUCUCCUUACUGUAGUAAGAAGUGAAUGAAAAUAGUUCUUCAUGAUCAGUUUGCAUGAGAGUGGUCUGUGCUACAUGUCUAUUUCAGUCAGUCUGUCUGUCUCACUUCAUGUCAUAUAUGUGUAAAACAAAAAGAAAAAACUCAGGGCAGAGCGAGGCUAGCCUUGGGCAGACUCUCAGACAAACUAACUUGUUUUUUGCUGGAGGAUCCCUGACCGACUACCAGUGCAGGGUCAAAUACCUCCAAAUUGUUCUUGGCAUUUAAUUUAACCUGCUUGGAAUGCAUGGUGGGUAGAGGAAUCUUAUUUUAAAGGAUGCUUCAGUAACUGUCGUUGUUUAAACUUUUUAUCCUUAAGCUGUAAAAGUGUGUCCAUGCAGGUUAAACACAGCCAGUAAGCACUGACUAAUACUAAGACCACCUCUGUAAAAGCCAUGGAGCUCUGUCUUAUCUACAAAGCAGAAAGAAAUAAGUGAAAUUGUCCUUCCAUUGCUCAUAGAGACCAAUAGCCAGCCUAUGGACACAGCACCAACUCCCCUGUAGACAGACCUGGAUAUCUACUGAAGACUGUAGAUACAGCUAACUCGUUUACUAUCAAGCAUUGCCUCAAAACAUCCCCAUCGCUUCACUGUACAAAACUGGCUUACGUAUGUGCGUGUGCGAUACUGAUUGAGUCCAUUAUUAUAAUUAACCUACCUGAAAAGUUAACAUGAGGCAUGAUGAGUUGGCCAAAUUCUUUUGUUUCCGUUGAGCUAUGGUUACGGUUGUAACCUUCUAUUUUAAGUUUAGAUUCUCUUUCUUGUUUUCUUUUCCUCCUCUGUGUGUAUAUACAGUGUGAUGUUUCUACACUAGAAUGUUGUAAAGUCAGCAAAUCCAUUACAUCGUGUUUAUACAACUAAACAUUUAAAGAUUUAAAGAUUGAAACAGCAAAUGUAACUAUCACGUUUGUAUUUCCCUUUCCAUUGUCACAGGAGAUCAACAUUCAAUCAUGGAUUACAAUGCAGCAAUGUCCCUUUUUUAUUUCAUUUUAUUCUGUUUUACUUUACUUUAUUAUGGCAUAAGGUAAUUGCAGUAA